AUGGGCCUAUUCGGCCACAUGCGCAUUCACGAGAGCGGAAUUGACCACAAUUCCGACACACCCACCACAUCCAUCACACCCACCAGGCCCAGCGCCAUCAUGGCUCCAUCGCCACACGCGCCCAUCAUCAUCACCACCACCGCUUCCUCUACAGCUGACACGGACAACGCCGGCCCUUCAUGCCCACACUGCCCACGCACCUUCACCUCACGCAUCGGCCUGGUCGAUCACUUGCGAAUCCAUCGUACAGAGACUGGCGAGCCAGUGCCUGGAGCACCAACCUAUACCCACCACGCUCGUCUCAACUGCCCACACUGCCCUCGCACUUCCAGGCAUCGCAUGGGCCUAUUCGGUCACAUGCGCAUCCACGACGAGCUGCGAUAG